UCGUUAGAAAGGAGGAGGAGCUUAUGCCCAGACAAGAGCCACUGCUGCCUAUUCUGAGUUUGUCAGCUCAGCUCCCGAAAAUAGAAGCCGUGUGUCAAUGUGACUGAAAAUACAUUUAUGUCACAGUGUAUCCACGGGAGUCACUGAUACACAGUAUCUAUAUACAGCAAGGGGGACCACGAAGAAAAAAGGGCAUUUUACCCAAGGAGGAGAAAGCACCAGGAAGCUCCAAGUAGAGAGAAGCAUUGAAAGCAAAAGAAGAAAGAACAAAACUAAGACUUGAUCAGGAUAUUGUGGGUCAAAGACUGAGGAUUUGUUAGAUCGUGGUUUGGACACCUCAGGAGAAAGACACUCAAAGAAAGAGAACGAGAAAGAAAGACUCGAGAAGGAAGAGUGGACUAUAAUGUGCUAGGGGAGUGUAAGGAUACAAACUCUGGUGUUUUUCUGAUAUUCUCGGGGUGUCAGAGAGACCAAGUAGGACGCAAAGAUGGGACGGAAGAAGAUACAGAUCACACGGAUCAUGGAUGAGAGGAACCGGCAGGUUACCUUUACAAAGCGGAAGUUUGGCUUGAUGAAGAAAGCUUACGAGCUGAGCGUAUUGUGCGACUGUGAGAUUGCCCUGAUCAUAUUCAACAGCUCGAACAAACUUUUUCAGUACGCAAGCACUGACAUGGACAAAGUCCUGCUUAAAUACACAGAGUACAAUGAGCCCCACGAGAGCAGAACCAAUUCCGACAUCGUAGAGAAAUUAAGAAACAAAGGCCAUAAUGACUGUGCCAGUCCUGAUCCAGAUGACUGUUUCGGUCACAGUCCCCUCAUGGACGAGCGCUUCGGCAAACUAAAUGAAGAGAGUGAUUUAAUGUACAAGCGCUGUGCUGCGCUUAACAAGAAAGAGCACAGAGGCUGUGAUAGCCCGGACCCUGACGCAUCAUAUGUCCUCACCCCUCACACAGAAGAAAAAUAUAAAAAAAUUAAUGAAGAGUUUGAUAAUAUGAUGCGAAAUCAUAAAAUCCCUACAGGCUUGCCUCAGCAGAACUUCUCCAUGCAUGUGGCUGUGCCAGUGACAAACCCCAACGCCAUGUCCUACAACCCCGGGGCCUCUCUGGGCAGCCAGAGUCUGUCGGUCGCCACUGCCUCUCUGAGUGAUGGUGCCAUGCUGUCUCCUCCUCAGGGUUCCCUGCACAGAAACGUUGUGCCUGCCGGGCCCCCACAGAGGCCUCCCAGUACAGGCAGUGCAGCAGGAAAUGGCUUUGUUAAUCCGAGGGGCUCACCGGGGCUUCUGGGUACACCCAGCGGGAAUGGACUGGGUAAAGUCAUGCCUGCCAAGUCACCACCACCACCGGGGGGCAACAUGGGUAUCGGCAGCCGCAAACCAGACUUGAGAGUUGUCAUUCCCCCAUCCAGCAAGGGCAUGAUGCCACCCCUGUCAGAGGAGGAAGAGAUGGAGUUGAACCCCCAUAGGAUAAGCAGUUCCCAAUCCACCCAGCCUCUGGCCACACCGGUGGUCUCUGUCACCACCCCCAGUCUGCCACCACAAAGCCUGGUCUACUCCGGCAUGCCCACUGCCUACAAUUCUGAAUACUCACUGAGCAGUGCUGAGCUCUCUUCUCUGCAAGGCUUUUGCUCUCCAGGCCUCUCCAUUGGCUCAGUGUCGGCAUGGCAACAGCAUCAGCUGGGCCAGGCAGCUCUCAACUCGCUGGUAAGUGGCGGUCACUUACCUCAGGGCUCGAAUCUCUCUAUCAACACCAACCAGAAUGUCCACAUUAAAUCCGAGCCCAUCUCUCCUCCACGCGAGCGCUUAACCCCAUCUGGCUUCCCGCCCCAGCAGCAGCAGCCUUCCUCCGGCCGCCCAGAUAUGGGCCGCUCGCCUGUCGACAGCCUCAGCUCCUCCUGCUCCUCCUAUGAUGGCAGCGACCGAGAGGAUCACCGGCCCGAUUUCCACUCCCCCCUCGGCCUUGGUCGUCCCCCCACCACUGGGGCUGAAGAGAGAGAGAGCCCCACGGUCAAGCGCAUGCGCAUGGACACCUGGGUGACAUAAAGCUCUUUGGAGCCCGACCGCCAGUCAGUCACUCGCAGGGCUGGGCAGGGGAAAAAGAGAGAGGAGAGACAGCAGGGAGGGUCAUUAUUGUUAUUCUGUUGUUAUUAUUUAACAUCAAUUCACUUUUUUUGUAAGUAGGUGGAUGUUGACAGAAAUUUAAGAUGUCCAGACAUAUUGAAAUUAAGCAACUGAGUGGAGGGAGAGAAAAGUAAUCUCAAGUCAAGCAGUCAGACUCAAUGGUGUACACAAAACAGGUGUUAUCAGGUACUUGAUGCAAAUUGCAUUGUGUGAGAGUCCAGUGUUUUAAAGACGACAAGACUUUUGUAGAUUAAUGUAGUCACUGGUGCAGUUUGACAGUUGUAGCUGUUUCCUCUGUUCAAUUUGCAAGUUUCAAACAAUCAAAGAAAGAUUAGGGGCGGCUUUCUGCUUGAAGGCUCCUGCCUACUGGGUUCAUGUAUUAACAAUCUGUAUCUGCACUCGCUCUUAUGAAGUAUGUCACUUAUUAAUUUAUUUAUGCUAAUUGACCAUAGACCGUAGGUUUGGAGCAGUUUUUAUGAGGUAGGGCUUGUAUCUACAGUAAAUGAGAACACAUUCCACCUCAGUUAAGACAUUAAGUUAAAAAAAAUGUCUCUAAAUUUAAUGUGUUCUUUUUAAUCAAAGAAUUGGAAGUUAUUGGUGACAAAUCAGAGUUUUUAUUUAAUGGGACUUGAAAAGGUAGCCCAGUCAAUUUAGAGACGAUAGCUGGUCAUUGUAUAUUCAUGCAGCUCCAACAACUCAAUGGUAACGUAAGCCAAAGCCUCUCUGUCAAUUUUCAGCAUUUCUCUCUCGAUGUUGGUUUGAUAUUAGUUCUGUCAUAGUGUGCGUUGUUACAAACAUUGGAAAACUAUAAACAUGCAAAGCAGAUCUUGAAACAAUAUCUUAAGCCAUGAACACUUGCUGUUCUGUUUGUAAAUUAAAGAUUUGAGCCAAACCUUUUCUUUUGUUAUGUAUAUAGCAACUUUAAUAUAUAUCACUUUUGGUGUAAGUACUUAUGUAUUGUACCUUCACCAGAUUCAAGAAAAAAAAAAUAUAUUUUUGUGGAUUACUGCCAAGUUUAAAAGGCGAGAUCCUUAUUAAGUAGAGUAUUCACUGGUUAAUAUUUACUAUUUUGUUAACUAUACUGUACUUUCUUCAAAUCUGACUUUUAUUGGUAAUAAUCAAAGUGUUUUUUUUUUGUUUUUUUUUUCAAGAAGGUAGUUUUUUGGGUCGUUUUCCCUUUAAUGGUGGUGAAUGUCUGUCCAUAAGAAAUUGUAACAACAGAGCUGUAUGAUUCAAGCUCAAAUGUCUUUUCUUUCUUGUUUUGUAAAAUGAUCGUCAUGCUAAGAAAAGAAAAAAAGGUUGCUUCUCUUACAACUGUUUUGUGAGGGAUUAGCCUGCAGCUGCUGAAUACACUGCCUACUUUGAAUCCCAGUUUAGAUGCACUAUUCAUUCAUUUCCAGUCAAAGACACAUUUCUCUUUAGAGAUAUUGCCACAGAUUGUGUAGAGUUAAUUAUGUCGAAUCCCUAUUACUAAAUUAAUUCUAUUUGAAUCCCUCUUCAAAUGCACUCAUGCACAUGUUAAUACAGAUAUUGUAAAUAUCAUAACUUUAAGUAACCCUAAUACAUAUAUACAUGCAUACUACAUAUAGAACACCUCCCCUUACCACUUAUUUUGUAAAUUGACUCAUCUACAGAUUUCCUUAUGUAAAGGAGAGACCUUUGGAGAUAUCAGUCGCAAUUCUCUGUAUUGCUGGACAGGGGAGGGCGCUAUAGCUCUCUCUCUGCUGUUGCUUUUCUCUCUGUGUGUGCAUCCCUCCAUUGCUGGGCUGUUCAUGUAUGGCUGUUUGUGCAGCGCAAACGUCUGGUAGCAGCAGUGGCCUCCAGCUUGCAUCACACCUAACCGCCCCUCAGGUGGCAAAGCUUCAGGGGAUUCAGCAGCUAAAUAUGGAAAUACUAGACAAUGCAAACAAACUUGAACUUGAUCUCUCUGCUGGAUUGCACAAAAGUUUAUAUGUUCAAGUUUGCCAUUGGAAAAAGGAUGCUUUCCUCUUUAGAUUUGUUAUGUAUUUGGUCGAUGUGUACACCAGUCACUUUUAGAUACCUCCUGGCCCUUUGAGCAACAUAACAGCUGGUAAUAAGCUGAUAUUAAUCUAUGCAGUCCCCAACCCACACAUAGCCAGUAACACAAAGCAUUCACAUUGAGAGUUUCACUGAUAAAUUAAGUGAAAAAACAUACAUACAUACUUUAUCACGCAAAUGUUGCCUAGUUCAUGAGUAAAGUGCUCUUUAUUGAGCAGGUGAGAAAUUGACUGUUAACCCUUUGUCUUUAAAUGCUUGCAUAUUAAGGAUUUGUCCAAAGGCACUGACUAAAUAGAGCCAUGAAGACAAUGCUUUAGGUAUAGCUUUAGAUUUAAUCUCGGAUGUGCAGGCUUUGUUGUCUCAGCUAAAUUUUAAAACCUAUAAGAAAGUUGUAUGAUGUCUGUUGAAAAGUGUUCAUCAUUUGAAGGUGAUCACAAUCAAAGCUUUUCAGGGUAGACAAAGCAAUAAUGCCAGCCCAGUGCUUUAAUUGUGCUGUGGAUGUAAGACAUGCAGGAUGUUCAUACUGCAGUACACACACACACACACACACACACACAACAAUAGUGCAUGAUUAGGAAUCAGGGAAUUUUUUGAGUUUCACUGCUACAUGCACAAUUAGAGCAUUAUUCCAAAGAGUUGCUGGUGUUCUAAAUCAAAUAUGAUAUCAUUCAUCACAUUUUGACCUCACUGAAAUGAAAUCACCCUCUCAUCAGAAGUUGGAUGAAGUGUAGCUUUGUCCAUUGGCCUUUACAAUGCACAGAAGAAAUACAUAGGAAAUCUAAAGGGAGGGAGCUGUUCCUUUGAUCCAGAGUGCUGUGUCUGAAAUAACAAACUGUUGAAUGUGAAAGGAAGGGAUAAAAAGGUAACAACAAUUAUUUGUUGCGUACUUUCUUCACUUUGCUGCGCAAUAGUACACUGCUUUGCUUUAUGGCUUUUAUAAACCAGAGUUAUGUAUUUGGUAAUUGUUUGUAGUUACUAGUUCACUUCAAGAAGCUGUUUGCGGUUUGGAUACUCGAACCGUUUGGCGGCACAAGCUGGACUUUGUUGCCAUAAAUGAAACGAGAUAUUUCAAAAAAGAAAAACAUGAGAUAGAAAUUUAAGUUAAUCUGCAGUAUAUUUCCCUUGAAUGUGUUGUUUUAUCUUGAUUAUACAAUAAAUAUUCUAGUGAACUUUUUAUUGAAUGACUAAAAUAUUAUGCUAGAGAUUGUUGUACAAAUUUGUAUUCUGCAUUCACUUAAGUAAAGAUAUUGGCUUUUAUUGUGUAACAUAGGUUCUCUCGCUUAUUCUGUGCAAAGUGAAGUGAACAAUUCUCUGAAUUUGAGUAAACUUUGUCCUCAUGUGAAGUCCCAAACAUUAGAAUCUGUCCACUUUAUUAAAAACCUCAAUGUACCCUGAAA